UUUCACAUUUUGCACAUUUAGCAGGCACUCUUAUCCAGUGUGACUUAUAGCUGUUGUUACAAUUGGAACACACCACAGAACAAUAUGAUGGCAUUUCAUCUUCUUAUCACUCUGGGAUUUCGAUUCAUUUCAGCGGAGUCACUUCUGCCUCAACCACAAAACGUUGAGGUGGUCUCUUACAACAUGGAUGCCAUAGUUAAGUGGGACGCUCCCCUUACUUCACUGAAAAACCUUACCUACACAGCUGAAUACAGAAUGCCUUCAACUGCCUUCUUCCACACCGUGUGUAAAGCCAUCAAAGAGCACAGGUGUGACUUCGGCGAUCUUCCCAGUUGCCAUGGAAAUUAUCAAUUCAGAGUGAGGAUAGAGUUAGAGGGAAAUACCUCCAGUUGGGUGAAAACCCCAAACUUCUCUCUUAAGAAAGGAACCGUAAUUGGUCCUCCAAACGUAACCUUGGUCACCAAGGGAGGAGCUGUGGAGGUGAACAUUCAAAAUCCGGUGCUAAAGAUCUCAUCGCUGAAAGAAGCCUACAGCAAAGUGGAAUACAAUAUCAGAUACUGGAAGAAGACUGACAAGAAGGAUGUGUUUGAGAGAGAGAUGGUGACUGAGCAACGUGUUAAGCUGAAGCCACUGGAGCCCAACACUAGAUACUGCGUUCAGGUUCAGGUGUACAUACCAAUGCCGCACAACAAUACAGGGCAGUACAGCAAGGCCGUGUGUGUGAUGAGCACCCCAAACAACACAACCACAGAUAGGGAGCGAAGGUUGUCUGAGGGCCUGGUGGUCAGUUUGGUGACGGUAGCUGUGGCUUUUCCACUACUACUCUUAGUCCCCUGGAUCAUCUACAAAGGGAAAAGGUUUCUCCAUCCCAAGGUUAAGCUGCCUGAGCAUUUGAAACAGCACCUGAUUGAUUCUCAUCAAUACCCUUACCUGGCCUCGCAGAUAACCUCUCCUCUACAAGAGAAGUAUGAUCAUAUCAGCGCUCUGUGUGAGGAAAAUCCAUACAAUGUGUUGACUGACAUACCAGAGGACAACCUUUACCAUGUGGAUAGUGGGGUCUCUGUAGAGAUGCCUGAAUACUACAAUGCUGUUGCAGAAAAUGCCAAUUUUGACAUGCCCUACAAGAAUAUCUGACAAUGGUAUUAAGACAUGAGCUACUGUAAUCAUUCUGUAUAUGGGCAUAUGGAAUCUGAGGAUAACAGGUAGCCAUGAUGGAUUGCAAGCCAUUAACAUUAACGUGUCCAUUAGGGGCUGAGGCCCUUCAACAGAAAUAUUUUAACUUUUCUGUGUUUUUCCUUUUCAAUUUUCAUUCUUACAAAAACGUAUUUAACUUCAUACUUUCUAAAAAAAAAUUACAUACAGUAUAUGCACAGUACCAGUCAAAUGUUUGGACACACCUACUCAUUCAAGGGUUUUUCUUUAUUUUUUACUAUUUUCUACAUUUUAAAAUAAAAGUGAAUAAUU